UGAUCACCAUGGCUGCAGUGGAUCGUUUCUGCCUCUUGUACAGAGAGAUUAGUCGUUCCUGCAAUUUUUACAUAGAGGCCCUGGCUAUAGUUGGAGCUUGGUACACAGUCAGAAAGUGUGUGUCUCUGGCUUUUGACACUUACAGCAUGCUUAGGUUGCAUUUAAUUCCAAAGCUGGGCAGUAAGAUUGAUCUUGUCAAGCAGUAUGGAAAAUGGGCCGUGGUCACUGGUAGCACAGAUGGUAUUGGGAAGGCGUAUGCUGAAGAACUGGCAAAGCGUGGUGUCAACAUCGUCUUAAUCAGCCGAAACAGAGAGAAGCUGGAGGCUGUAGCUAGGAGCAUAUCUGAAACCUAUAAAGUGGAAACAGUUUUUGUAGUAGCUGACUUCAGCAAGGGGCCUGAGCCUUCCCCAGCCAUUAAGGAGGCUCUGAAAGACAAAGAAAUUGGGAUUUUGGUGAAUAAUGUAGGAAUGUUUUAUCCCUACCCAGACUAUUUUACCAACCUGUCUGAGGAUAUGCUGUGGGACACGAUCAAUGUAAAUAUUGUUUCUGCUAGCAUGAUGAUACAUAUUGUGCUGCCAGGCAUGGUGGAAAAGAAGAAAGGAGCAAUUGUGAAUGUUGCUUCUGGCAGCUCUUGUCAUCCGACGCCACUGUUGUCAAUCUACUCAGCCUCUAAAACCUACUUGGACUAUUUGAGUAGAUCACUACAUUAUGAGUAUGCCUCCAAAGGAAUUUUUGUUCAGAGUUUAACGCCAUUCCUGGUUGCUACAAAACUGGUAGCAUGCAGCAGCAUUGCAUCAAAGAGGUCUUUUUUGGUUCCUUCCGCUGAAGAAUAUGCAAGUCAUGCUAUUACUACUCUUGGGUUAUCCACAAGGACUGCUGGUUACUGGCAGCAUGCAAUAGAGUUCACGUUGGGUGAGUGCAUGCCUGAAUGGAUCUGGGCAUGGAUGUCAGCGUAUGUUCUCAGAAUGCUAUGCAAGCAAGCUUUAACAUGCAAAGUAAAAUAG